CCCCUGCACACCUCACAAGGACACCUGUGACAUUUCAAUUCCCAGCCAAGUCUCAGCCUCACACAGCCUCCUGCAUAUGCUCAGAGACUCACUCACACGCACACUCUCACUGUCGGUCAGCCUUUGUUCACCCUCCAUGGCAUCCUAUGCAGCUGUGCUACUGGCCAUCAGCCUGCUGAUUCUGUGGACCUCUCCUGCUCAGGGUGGUUCCAACGACGCAGAAGACUGCUGUCUGUCUGUGACCCUGCACCCUAUCCCUGGGAAUAUUGUGCGAGCCUUUCGAUACCUCCUCAUCAAGGAUGGCUGCAGAGUGCCUGCUGUUGUGUUCACCACAAAGAGAGGUCGCCAGCUCUGUGCACCACCAGACCAGCCCUGGGUGUACCGCAUCAUCCAGAGACUGCAGAGGAAAUCUGCCAAGAACAAGCACUAG